GGUUCUCCCGCCGGAGUGAGGCGGGAUGUUUCAGAGGGGAUUUUUGCCCCUGGUCUCAUGGGGUUGGCUGCCUACAUUCUGCAGCAAUAUGUUUGUCUUUGCCAACGUUUUGUUUCUUAUGGUAGUUUUCUUUAGUUGUUUUUUUCCUUUUGUUUUUCUGGUUGUUCUUAUUUGUUGUAAAUCACCUUUUCACUUUUGUUUCUUUUCUUAGUUUUCAUAGGUUCUCCUUAUUUCAAUUGUUCCUCUUACGAGCUUUAUUUAUCAGCUUCUCAUGUCAGCAAGUACAAGCCAAAACUAACUUCAUUUUUGUUUGUCUUUUAAAUGGUUUUGGCUUCUUAGAAGUGACUGAUUAUCUUCUGAAACCGUCCAGGUGACACCCAAAAGUCAAAAUUAUAAUUUCCUUUUUUUUACCCCUGUCCAUUUAUUCCUCUUCUCUCUUUUCUAGGUGUAGUUUAGUAUUAUGGGUGAUACAAGAGAAGCUAAAAUGCAGAUAACACCAGAAAGUCCAGGACAAGUCACAUUCCUGAAUCCUUUUGAAAGCCCCAGCGAUUAUUACACUCUUCAGGAGCAGAUUGUCUCCAGUCCUUUGGUGUUUAAAUCAACAAAAUCCUCAUCUACACCAGGAAAAUUUAGAUGGUCUAUUGAGCAGCUUGCUCUAAUAAAUCCUGUGGAAAUUGACUCGGAAGAUGUUCGACGUCAAGCGAUGCAUUUGAGUCAUGCUAGAAUUGAUAAGGAGACAGAAGACAGAAGGCAAAAAGCCAUUGAGGAGUUUUUUACAAAAAGACUCAUAGUUCCAUCUCCCUGGACUGAGCAUGAAGGCAAGCAAGUUUCUCAGUUUAAUUCAACUAGAACCAUAGAUCUAAAUAGUAUUUCUCCAAUUGGAAGACAGCUAACUUUGCAGCCUGGGAAAAGCAAUGCUGCUUGUCAGACAGUACUGUCUUUGCCAGUGGAUUUUAAUUUAGAGAAAAUACUAGGUGAAUAUUUCAGGACUGAUGAAUUUGCAGAUCAGUCUCAGGAAAAUCUGAGCUCUUCAUCGCUCAGAAGAAAGCUGUUUCUAGAAGAAAAUGGAAGUGUAUCUGAGUGUUUGUCCCCUUCUCUACGCAGUCCAUGCAGUAGUCAGCCACUUGGAGUGCUUUGUUCAAUUGACAUAUCUCCAGUUCGGUGCAGAAGCCCUCUGGAAACAUCUAGCUCAGGUCAGUUUUCCUCAAGUCCUAUUCAGGGAGGAACAAGGACUUACAGUCUGGGAAGUAUAACCAGUCCCACGUUUCCAGAGGGGUCUCCUGCAGAAAAUGGUUCUACGUUUUCACCAAUUGCUUUUCACAUAAGAAAGACGCCAUUGUCAGACCAAAGAAAAUUUAAAUUCUGUUCUCCAGAUAUUCCUUCUUCCUCAAAUAGAAUGACACCUCCAAGUACAAGAACUCCUUAUAUAGAUGGUUGUUCUCCAAUUAAAAAUUGCUCUCCUAUGAGACUUGGGGCAUGUAGAGGAACUGCCCAGUAUCAGACUUCUGUCAUUAGGAUACCAAUUACUGUUGAAAAUCAUGAUGAGGCUGAGGAAGACAAGGAAAAUGCUUCUCCAGCAGAAACUGGCUUCCCAGAAAUGGUUAAUGGAAUAAACUUACGUCAGCAAGACAGUGAUACUUUUGCACGUGGUACACAUCUUGUCGUAGCAACUGUGUCUAUCACACCAGAUCGCUCAGAAGCUUGUUGUCAAAGGUUGUCAGCAUUUCGGGAUAUAGAAGGCUCAAAGGAAAAUAAUACAGUAGAUAUGGCUGAUGCUGCUGAAGCAUCAGAGGAAAAUGCUUGGAUAAAAGACACAGUUGGCAACAGCAAUGCACCCAUGACCAGCUUUAUGACAGGGAUUACUUUCAGUAUUGAAAACUCUCGCAUGUGCAUGUCACCCCUCGCAGAAAGCAGCACAAUUCCAUGUGACAACAGUAGUAUUCAGGUGGACAGUGGGUACAAUACACAGACUUGUGGAAGCAGCAUUAUGGAUACUGUGGGGACUGAAAACAGUUGCAGAGAAACUGAUGUGAAUACCAGCAUUCUUCAGAAUAAAUCUCAGCUUCUUAGGACAAAGGAGAGCUCCAUUUUAAACCACAAGGACAAUCAGUUGCUGAGAACAAGAUCUCCCCAGAAGCAAUCCUGUUUCCAAAAAGCAAAACCGGAUAGCACAGUAUUUGGUCAGAAUGCAACUUGCAGUACUUCUGCCUGGAAACAUAAAAAUGAAAACCCAGUUCAGGGAUUUCACAGAAAUGGUAUGUAGUUUUCUGAUGGAGAGCUUAAAUUUUGCUCUCAUUUUAUAUGUAUGACCUCAGUUACCUGGAUUAUAUGUAGGAUUUUGCUUUUUUAAAUUCAAAUGUAAUAAAUUCCUGGGAUAUAUUAAAAGAGUUCUUAAAUGAUGUGAGGUUUUCAGGUCUUAUUAACAAAUUUAUUGGUAUCGUUAACUGAUCCUUUUGAAAAGGCAGCUAGACUUGGUACAAAGAAACCACAGUGUUCUUCAGAAUGGUGUUCCUUCUGUGAUUCAGGUAGAUUCCAUGAGGAGCCUUGUUCUGGAAGUCACUGGACAGGAACAAACUGCUGGGGGUGUGAGGGGAGCAGGGCUGGGAGAUGAGGAGUGUCAGAGGGGUGUCUGUCAGCCCAAGGUAACAGAGAUGGAAGUUGAUUGUGACUUUGAGGAAAGAAUAAAACUAGUGUUCCAGAAAUGCGUCCCUGGAAUACGUAUAUGUUUUAUAAUAGGCUGCAAACUGUUGAAAAUGGGUGCUUUAAUUAAGUUUUCCCUGUGAACAGCUUCAUGAGAACUCCAUUUGAGUUACAGAAAUUAUGCACUUUUCAACAAUUUAAAAAAAAAAGGUUUAAUUACCUUAGCAACAAAAUAAGCUUUAUGUCAAAAGAAGCCUUUUGGCAAUUUUUUGAGCAGUUUUUUCUGUGGUUUGAUAGGAAAUUGCAACUCUGUUAGCUUUACCAUGUACUUAAGGAAAACAAACUGUUGGCUAAUUAAAAAUUACUAGUGUUGUUACUUCAGUAACUGUAUUAGUACCAACCUUGAAGUUGAUCACCCUGCUUCACCUGUGUCUCUUAACAAUGCUUGUGUCCAAAUUGAUACCCUGGUGCCCUCCUGAAGGAAUUCAAGAAGGUGUAUUUAGGUUAAUUGGUCUCUGUACAUCGUUAAGAGGAUGGCGCAGCCUUUCUUCUGUUAAAGCAAACCAUUACACUUAUACCUCCCUCUCUAGGAUUAAUUCCCAAUACUUUUAUGUUGCUUACGGAUAUUGCAAAAUAUUUAGAUAAGCAUUUAAAAGUAUCAUUAGCUUUGCUGCUUAUUGCAAAAAGUAUUAACAGAAACUCUUCAUACUUUCAAGAAAACCAUUGAUGAACAAAAGUAAUGGAAUGAGGAGGGUCUGGAAGCCCAGAACUCCCUUCACCUCAGCAAAUCGGAUUGAUUUAAAUUUGAUAUGAUUUGCUUUUAAAAGAACGUUCUGGAACUCAAAUGUUGAAUGGGAAAGAAAAAUAUCCAUGUGUUAAUUUUGUAGCCCUGGUGAUUAAGAGAGGAAAAAGAGAGGAGGGAAAUACUAAGACCUCAGUGCUCUGUUUAUGGAGCUCUAAAGUGAAAUUUGUUGAAUUGAUCAGAGAGACAAGUCUAUUCUAGUGCGUGCUCCAGGUGAAGGAGUCCUUCCCUUUUUUCAUAGCAAGGAUAUCCAAUCCCAGGAUACUGGAUGGAAGUUCUGCUUCCUAUUGUAUUCCACAACCCACAGAAAAGCUGGUAGCAAAGGGAUAAAGUGUGGCUGCUGCAUGGCUAUGGGUGUGCUAAGGCUGAAGCAGUUGGUCAGACCUAACUCUGAGGGCAAACUGACAUUUGUUAAAAAUUUUCCAAGGAGAGGUAUGAACAGAAUUGCAGAGCAUUAAAAAUAACCAUUCCGUUAGACCCGAGACCUGUGCCUAAGUGUUACAUGAACAGAACAGUUCCUGAAAUGUUUUCACUAAUAAUUCACCAGUGAAGCCUUUCUGAAAAAAAUACUUAAAAAGGUAAACUUGUACACCGUCAAUAAAGCAUCAUUUGGUUUUAGUGUUCACACUGCAAAAAUAAUUGAAGAAGUUCCUUUUGAUUUCUAACCAGCCAAACACAACAGCAGUAUUUUUACUUCCAUAGCAAUUUAAUCAAUAUUUCUGCAACACAUAUUGGAUUGACAGUAAUGGAACCUAAUAUCCUGAAUGACCCGAUCAAUAAUCUUGAAACAGUGCCCUGCUGAAAGCUUGAAAAUACACUGAAUUUUGGUAACUUUUAGGGAAUUAAUUUUGUUAAAGUAGACAAUGAACUUGGUUCUUUGGAAAAAUUAGUUGAUUCAAUGGUGCCUUCAAAAUAUUCCUGGCUUUAGCUCGUAAGGUUUGUAGAUCAAAAGCAAGACAACUUUGACCAAGAUUUAAAAGAUCUUCAUGACCCUGCAUCCUUUCUGUUUCUCAUAGUAAUUCUCUAACAAGAAUCAACUGAAAGAGGGUGAAGUCCAGAUUUCUGGACUGCACAAAGGAUUUAUUUUUGCAAGUGUGAUUACUAAAAGUGGUAGUAAUCUUAACACAAAGGAAGAGGAGAAGCAGGCUGGCCCAAACGAUAAUGUUUCUGAGCUGUUUGGUAUGAUACAUAUAAUUAAGAUUUGAUUUUAUUUUUUUAACUAAAAUUUUUGGGGUUUUAUAUGUUCAGUGAUCAGAGGCUUUUGAAGUAAUCACAAAUAAAGCAAUCACAAACAUUAAAUUGAACCCUAUCUAAGUAUUUUCUUAAAGGAAAGGGAAAAUUAACAGUACAAAUGGGUAAAUGUGAGAGGUAAUUAAGGAUCCCCUGCAAAUAAACUGCCUGUUUUGUCAUCCUCAAUUAGAUGAGAAAAACUUAUUUUAUGAAAAUAAUGCAUAUUUUUUUAUGUCUGUAUAAUUGUUGCCAUUUCUUGUGGACACCAUUUGAGUAUUGUUUCUGUAAUUGCACAUAACGCAUUGGUUGACACAUGUUGCACAAACUAGUCAUCGUUUACAUUCAAUUUCUGCAGUUUUUAACAGGAGUCCUUUAAUGUGUAAACUGAGCGGUGAAACAGAAUAAAGACAUCUCUUUCAUACCUGG